AUGGCUUCACAUACCCCGUCACAAAGAUACCUCAGUACUCGGGGAGGCUCCUAUGGACUCUCCUUCGAGGAAGUUGUCCUCAAAGGCCUCGCGCCUGACAACGGAUUAUUUAUCCCUCAAGUCAUUCCAACUCUACCAUUAAACUGGCAGAAAGACUGGCUUAAUCUAUCCUUCGAAGAGCUUGCAUUCCAAAUAUUCAGCCUCUACAUUUCGCCCGCCGAAAUCCCGUCCGCCGCACUUAAGGACAUUAUACACAAGUCGUAUGCGACUUUCAGGGUGCCGAGCGUAACACCCACGGUAACGCUAGAUAGCGACAGGAAGAUUCAUUUACUGGAGUUAUUCCAUGGCCCGACGUUUGCGUUCAAGGAUGUGGCGUUGCAAUUCUUGGGUAAUCUGUUCGAGUACUUCCUUGUUAGGCGAAAUGAGGGAAAGACCGGGAAAGAUCGCGAGCACUUAACAGUCGUCGGAGCCACAAGCGGUGAUACUGGAUCAGCCGCGAUAUACGGCUUGAGAGGCAAGAAAGAUGUUUCGGUGUUCAUCAUGUAUCCGACUGGGAAGGUUAGCCCGGUACAGGAAGCGCAAAUGACGACAGUAACGGAUGAGAAUGUCCACUGUUUAAGCGUCGAUGGGACGUUUGAUGAUUGUCAAGAUUUCGUGAAGGCCCUCUUUGCCGACCCCUUGACAAAUACAACAAUGAAGCUGGCCGCGGUCAACUCUAUCAAUUGGGCCCGGAUUUUAGCACAGAUAACAUAUUACUUUGCAUCCUACUUUUCGCUAAUCCGCUCUGGCAUAUUGAAUCCCUCGACGAGUGAUAUCCGGUUUGUUGUCCCUACAGGGAACUUUGGGGAUGUUCUGGCCGGAUACUUUGCAAAGCGAAUGGGCCUCCCGAUGUCGAAACUCAUUAUCGCCACAAACGAGAACGACAUCCUCCACCGCUUCUGGAAGACUGGUGCCUACGAGAAGUCUGCUGUUCAUGGUGCUGCCGCAGAGGGUGGCCUGGUAGAAGAUGGUGUCGAGGCGCAUACCGAAGGCGUGAAAGAGACGUUGUCCCCAGCGAUGGAUAUUCUCGUGAGUAGCAACUUUGAGCGGCUAUUAUGGUUCAUCGCGUAUGAUGUCUACGGCUCCGAUACGAUGGCUGUAGAGGAUAAAACACAAGCGGCAGGCCUGAAAGUCAAGGAGUGGCAGGCGAGCCUUAACACAAAAGGAGGGUUUAGCGUAGAGAAGAGAGUGCUUGAUGCGGCAAAGGCGGAUUUUGCGUCGGAGCGGGUUUCGGAUGCGGAGACGGCAGCCACCAUUCGGGAUGUUUACAGAUGGCCCAGCACUCCAGGCUCGAAAGGCUACAUCCUAGACCCGCAUUCUGCUAUUAGCGUGACUGCCGCACUGCGAUCAGCCAAGGAGACGCCGGGCGUGGAUAAUGUGGCCCUAUCAACGGCACACCCAGCCAAGUUUAGUCAUGCUGUAGAAAUGGCACUAGAGAAGGAGGAGGGGUUUCAGUUCAAAGAUGUGUUGCCCUUGGAAUUUGUUGGACUAGAGGAUCUUCCAAAAAGACUUACACAUGUACAAAAGAGCUCCGGGUUAGACGGCAUAAGAAAGAUUAUCGUGGACAAGGUGGAAAAGGAGUUAAAUAGAACAAAUGUAUAA